GUGGGCGGUCAAGAGACCUUCCGCCGCGUAAAGCUGGCUCGACCCGGAAACAAAAUCUUUUAAAUCUUGUACAUGCUCCCGAGGGGCGGGGGAAUUGAUGUGUCCGGAAGACUGUACAGCUUCUCAGGUUGCUAAGCGACGAGGCGGGAGCACCCGAGAGAACUGUGGUGGCCUCCGCUCCAACAUCCUAAGCAAACUGUGGCGGCGGCUCCAAAACCGUGGAGACGGAGCCCGCGUGUUUCUUAGUCCGUGCUUCGUAGCGCAGGGAGCCUUUCUCCGGGCAGUGUCCGGUGACGAGGAGCGGGUCUGUGGGCAGUCCCUCCUAGGCGACCCGGGGCCGUGCGUCUUCUCCAUUCCAGCGGCAGCCUGACAGUUUGGAUUCAGAAUGACCUUCUGACACAUCGGAAAUUGACACCAAUGACCUUACAUAACAGAAACAAACAGAAGCUGGUAAAAGAAAGAUACUUACCAACAGAUGAAAAGUUAAAUUAUUGGACAGAAAUUCCUUUUGCCAUCAGAUGUCUUUCUGCUUGACUGAACUGCACCUGUGGUCUUUGAAGAAUACCUUACACAUUGGGGAUAGAGACAUCGGAAUCUACCAGUAUUAUGGCAAGAAAGAUCCACCAGCGACAGAGCAUGGUAACUUAGAGGAAAAGCAGAAGUUGGCAGAAUCACGAGAUUAUCCUUGGACGCUCAAAAAUAGACGCCCAGAAAAACUUCGAGACUCACUCAGAGAGUUGGAGGAGCUGAUGCAAAACAGUCAGUGUGUGCUGAGCAAAUGGAAGAACAAAUAUGUCUGUCAGCUCCUCUUUGGUUCAGGUGUGCUGGUGUCUCUAAGCCUUUCUGGGCCACAGCUGGAGAAAGUGGUGAUUGACAGAAGCCUGGUGGGGAAGCUCAUCUCAGACACCAUCAGUGAUGCCCUCCUUACAGACAGUUUCAUCCUCUUAUCAUUUUUGGCACAAAGUAAACUAUGUUUUAUUCAGUUUACUAAGAAGACGGAUUCUCUUGAUGUAAACAAAAGACUGGAAAAGCUCUCAGCAUUGGAUUAUAAGAUUUCCUAUUAUGAAGUGCCUGGCCCAGUAAACAGGACAACGCAACGUCAUCUGGCUAUCAGUUGCACUCAGGAUGUAGUUAUUUGUUGGUGGCCACUGGUCAGUGAUGAUGCUUGGCCAUGGGCCCCCAUUGCUUCUGAGAAGGACAGAGCCAAUCUGCUGCUGCUGGGUUAUGCUCAAGGAAAACUGGAGGUUCUGAGUUCUAUUCGCACAGAAUGGGAUCCACUGGAUGUUUGCUUCAGUGCCAAACAGCCUUAUCGGGUGCUCACAGUGGAACACUCCAUCAGUGUAGACAAAGAGCCCAUGGCUGACAGUUGCAUCUAUGAAUGUGUUCGGAACAAAAUCCAUUGUGUAUCAGUCACCAGAAUACCACUAAGAUCAAAAGCCAUCAGCUGCUGCAGAAAUGUUGCUGAAGACAAACUGAUUCUUGGCUGUGAGGAUUCUUCAGUAGUUCUUUAUGAAGCUCACCGUAGAGUUACUCUCUUGGCCCAGGCUGAAGUUUUGCCUUCAUUAAUAAGCUGCCACCCAAGUGAUGCUAUUCUGCUAGUUGGCAGCAACCAAGGGGAACUGCAAAUUUUUGAUAUGGCUCUGUCCCCUAUUAAUAUCCAGCUCUUGGCUGAAAACCGCUUACCCAAGGAGACGCUGCCAUUCAGUAAAUUCUUUGAUGUUUCCAGCAGUCUUGUUCAAAUGCAAUGGGUAGCUCCUCCAGUUAUGUCUCAGAAGCCUGAAAGUAAGGACAUCUAUGAUCGCCUCUUCCUCAGGUUUGACAGAGGACCUUUAGGUGUGCUUUUGUUUAAACUUGGUAUCCUCACUCAAGGACAGCUGGGCCCGGUAGACAUCAUCUUCCAGUACAUUCACUACGGUGAGAUCUGUGAAGCAAUAAACAUCCUGAGCGGCAUGAACUGGGACACUGUGGGCCAGCAGUGCUUUAUCAGCAUGACUGCCAUUGUGAACCAUCUUCUUAGGCAGAGACUCACUCCGGAGAGAGAAGCACAGCUUGAGGCAAGCCUUGGAACCUUCUAUGCGCCAUCAAGACCACUCCUGGAUACAACUAUCUUGGAAUACAGAGACAAAAUCAGCAAAUAUGCAAGGAGAUUCUUCCACCACUUGCUCAGGUACCAGAGAUUUGAAAAGGCAUUUCUCCUAGCUGUUGACAUUGGUGCUCGAGACCUGUUUAUGGAUAUCCAUUACCUUGCCCUAGAUAAGGGUGAAUUGGCACUAGCCGAAGUGGCAAGGAAAAAAGCGAGUGACAUUGAUGAAGAAUCAGUAACCUCUGGAGUUGCCUCUCACCAAUAAGAAGCUAGAAAGGACUAUGGAAAUAGAAGCCUAAAAAGACUAGAGUAAACCUUUUAAUUUUCCAAGCAAUAGACAACAGUCAUCAGAAGACAUAAUCUAAGCUGUAGAUGACAUUUAUCUCCAGGAUAUAUCACUACUGUCUAUGUCAGCUAAAAAUUUCUUAUAGCUAUUUAGGGUCAUAGAUGUAACUGGUUUCUUCAUAUUCAGCCUACAGUUGUAUGUUUGGUCAGAUUAACCUCAUCUUCUGUUCAGUGUUUCUCUGGGUACUUUUUUCCCCUACAUUGCAAUACCACCAAGCAUACAAAAAGUUAAACUCCCAACAGCCACGUGUCCAGCUUUGAAAUCUGCUGGUUUGAAACAGUUUUCUAAAAUUAUAACGUGCUAGAAUACACAUGCAACUUUUAUUGGCUAAAAUCUUGGGUCUACCACCCAAAUCUGUGCCUCCUGGUUGAAAAUAUGUAUUAAAUUACCAGACACCAAAUAGAAUACAUGGAUAAAUAAAAAAAAUUAAGGGGACCAUAUUUGGGGCUGCAUGGGAAAGGAGUAGAGUAGACACAGCCAUAAGUUUUGGUGGUUGUUUUGUUUUUACUGUACACUACUAUGCAAAAGUAUUGAUUAAACCACUGAAAAUUUUUAUGUUUUUAAAACCAUUUUAACAUUUUCUAGAUGUGUAAAAGUUACUUUAUAGAAAGACUGGAAAUGAGCAAAACAAGAACUCAGAAACCACAGCUUUAAUAAUUUUGUUAGAUUAUAAAUUUUAUAUGAUAUAUCAAUUAAAAUACUAGGACGUUUUACUUUUUUAGAUGUGAUAAUAAUCUGCUUAAGGACUUCAGCUUUACGCUGAGGUUUUCAAACACUAGUAUGGUUGCACAGACUUUUUAAAGCCUUUGGGCACAAAACUGGUAAAAUGUGGUUUUAGUUAUUGGCAUGCCUGUGCAACAAAGUAUUUGAGAGGUGUGACUGACAAGCCAGGAGUGUGUAUAAGGAAAAACCUAUGCUUAUGUCUGCCUCAGUGACUUUAUUAGCCACACCUUAAUUGUAAAUUGUAAACUGUCAUUCAAAGUAGCAUAGUGAUGUUUUAAACAAGUCAUAUUGUAAUAUCCCUGCUUCUUUUGCCUUAAUGCCUAGAGGUAAAUUCAGAAAGUGCUCUUACGUUUUGUCUCAUAAAAACAUCCAUCUGAAAAAAAUUAAAUAAGAAACCCUAAUAGUUAAGAGCAAUGCAAAGAAGAUUUAUGAAACUAUGCAUAUAUAUAAAUUAUAUAGUUAAACAUCACAAUUACCUAAUUCAGUCUUCAUUAUAGUUCAGCAACUGGUUUUGAUUAAGGACAAAAAACUAUUCAUUAGUUUUUGAGGCAAAUUUUAAACCAAUAUUU